AUGGCGGAUAAUUACUCGACGACGUCGCCAGAACGUGUCUACCUUCGUAUUUAUGACUAUGAAACAAAGGUCUUCAAAAAUUUUUUUUGAUGAAGCUUAAAAAAUUAAGGAAUUCUCCGGGCUCACGACCUACCAUGGCCUCGUGCGGAUUUACAAUUCCAAUACCUGGCCGUCGCGAAUUUUCUGGUGUGUCGUGGUUCUUUGCUGCCUCUCACUUUUUAUGAUUCAUGUGAGAUUUAUUGCCUAUUUGGGAUGAAAAAUAGGAUUUUUAGAGCGGCUAUCUGUUGCUCGGAUAUCAUUCCAAGCCGACCCUAUUCCAAGUUAACACUAUAGUGCCUGAGGAAGGUUUUUUUCGAAGUAUUUUCGUAUAUUUCGAUAUUUUUGAGGAAUUCUGUUCCCGGACGUCACGGUGUGUAACUACAUGCCUGUUGUGAUGGAUAGAGUUCGAGGUUUGUGAAAAAAUACUUGCGGCUUUUUUUUUCAUGAACUUUGGAGUGGUCCUUAUAAGGGCAACUCUCUAGGGACCACUUUACGAUUCCCUGUAGGGGCCACUAUAGCCUGCAAAAGCGGUAUAGGGGUUUAAGACUUAAAAACGGUUUUUUUUUUCAAUACAAAGUCGGAAGACUCCUAUAGGGGCCACUCAAGCUUCAGGAGCUAAAAUGUCAGCUUCUAAACCCCUAUAGAGACCCCUUUUUCGGUCCUUAAAGAGGCUGUUUUUCCCCUAACCCCUAAAGGGAUCUCUUUGGAAUUUCUAAAUGGAACCUUGUCUAUGCGCCUCUAAACAGUCAUCAAGAAAAAAAUUUUUAAAAAAACAAAGAAAAAAGUUUGAAAAAUAAAAAUUCAAAAAUCUUUAGUGGCCACUUUAGGGUCUUGAGGGCCACUGUAGAAGCCAUAAUGGUAGCUAUUAAAAAGGGAACUACUAUAGUGGUCACUAGGAGACAAAUCGGCUUAUACAAAGGGGUUUUCAGCGGCCACUUUAGGGUCUUGAUGCCACUGUAGAAGCCAUGAUGGUAGCCAUUAAAAAAACGGAACUACUAUAGUGGUCACUGAGAGACAAAAGGCUUCUAUAAAGGUGGUUUGAGUGGCCACUUUAGGGUCUUUAUGGCCGUAAUGAUAGCCCUUCAAAAACCUAUAGUGGUCACUAAGAGGCAAAAUAGAGGCUUCUUCAGUGGCCACUUUAGGGCCUUGAUGGUCACGGUAGAAGUCUAAUUAGUAGCCAUUAAAAAGAAAACUACUAUAGGAGUCACUAAGAGGUGAAAUAGUGGCUUUUGUAGAGCUGGUUUUAGUGGCCUCUUUAGGGUUUUGAUGGCCACUGCAGGAGCCGUAAUGGUAGCUAUUAAAAAGGGAACCACAAAGGUGGUUUCAGUGGCCACUUUAGUGUCCUCUCAAGCAGUCCUUGAGGAGUCUCUUAAGUUGCCCUUAACAUUUUUUAAAUAUAUUUUUCAGCCUACAACAUUUCAAAUGACGUCUUGAGCUACGUCCUACAUUCCUAUUCUGAUCAGGUGAUAAAAUGAAAAUUUCUUUUCCUUAAUAACUUUCAUCAGGUAGAUCUGGCCGAAGAGCAGCUCGAUGAGAAACAUGAGCAAUACUUGGCCUAUCGUGAGCAAUAUUUCGAGUCAAUGGGGAAAGUUUUCGACGUGAGAACAUUUAUGAAGGACGUCGGGUGAGUUGGAAGCCUUUUUUCCAUUUUUACAAUUUGAGAAUUUUCCAGGCCAAGAUGCGAGGACCUAGUUUUGGGGUGCGCUUUUGGGGGCCGAAUAAUUCCGAAAUGCUGUGAAAACGGUGUUGCUGAACUCACUGACGUUGGCCUUUGCAUAAGGUACUUUUUCUUAUUUUUAAUCUGAAAAAUUCAGAGUACUAAUAGAAAAGUUUUCAUUAGAAAAAUGCGACUUUUUCUUUUUUUUUUUUUGAUAUUUGAAACAUCAAAAUUUUUUUUUCUUAGUCUCAAUUUCUUUGUAAAAAACGCACUCUCCUCAAUCUACACACUAUUUCUCCUCUUUUAAGGUUCUCAAAUAUAGACUUUAUCAUCAUAGCAAACGAAGCCUUCAAAAAAUAAGCGUGAAAAUUUCAAGUGGCCCCUUAAGUGCUCAGUUUCUUUCGAAAAGCAGAGGUUCACAGAAAACGUCGAUUUAAGUUGUGAGAAUGUUUUAUGAAUGCCAAAAAUCCCAAAAAAAAUUCCGAGUGGUCACUAGAGGAUUCAGAAGACUUUUUACAAUGCCAGAAGGAUACAAACAGCUUCUUCCAAGCCCCUUGAGCGACUACUCUUGGAAGCUCUAGAGUGGUCUCUACAGGAGCAACCUUAGGGGCCCCUUACCAACCCCUUAAGGGGCUACUAGAGCUUGCAAAAGUGGUCCCUAAAGGAAAACUUCUGGUCGAUAAUUCUUAUGAACUCUAAUCGAAGAACAUUUCCAUGCGAAAAAUUAAAUGAAAGCGUUUUUUGAAUGAAUUUGAAAGACCCCUAUAGGGUCCACUUGAGCUUUAGGGGCUCAGGGGUCGGACCCUAAACCCCUGUAGGACCAGCUUGAUUUUACCCUUAUAGGGAUCACUAUUUAGGCCCCUAGAGGGGUUAUAUUUUGCCCUAACCCCUAUAGGGUCCACCUUGAUUUCAGCCCUAUAGAGGCCACUUUUCGGCUCCUAAGAGGAUUUUUUUUUCGCCCUAACCCCUCCAGGGGCCAUUCUGGAACUCCUAAGCUUGACCCCUUCCGAACGUUUCCUCGGCCCUCCCUUAAGUGAUCACUCAAUAACGCCGUUCCCAUUUAUCAAAUCUGUCAACCGGAAAACUCUUGGCAGUCACCCAAACUCACAGCCCAGAGAGAGAGAGAGAGAGAGAGAGGGAAAAGAUGGAGAACAAAAAAGUGUAAAAUUUGUCUGGUCGUCUCGCCGACGUUCCCAUGCUCUCUCGCCGUUUGCACUUUUUGGCGCCCAAACGUUUUGCGAUGGGGGAAGAAUUGUACAACUUCUGACGGAAAAGGGGGACCUUCUUUUUGAUUUCUUUAGGUUUCCAAACAAAGGCGGGAAGCGACGGCAAUGGUUCAGUGGCAGCGGUUUCGGCUGGGAAUUCGCCCUAGAUGGCAAGUAUGACAGUGGGAAUGAAUGUGAGUUUGUUGAUAAUGAAGCAGAAAAAAAGAAAAAAGUUCAGGAAAAAAAUGUUGAAAAACAAUUCGAAAAAAAUGUUGAUGCGAAAAAUUGACUUGAAAUGAGAGUUCUAGUUACAUUUUUAGCCAAUUUGAGACUCUAUAAACUCAAAUUUUGACUAGAUUAAAAUGAAUAUUGAGAAAAAAAUCAUCCUAACCAAUAAAGUUAACGUAAAAAAUCGACCCUAAUUUUCGAGUUCUUGAGGAAAAAUUUGAACUUUACUCGAACUCGAUCUUCAACCCCGUAAUGAAAUUCAAGCAACCACCGGAAAAAAAUCUACUUUUUAAAAACUAUUUUUUUCGCAGAAACAAGGCUUUAGAUAUGAAUUUUUUUCUUGAAAUUUAAAAACUAACCCUACUUUAGAACUGAUUUUACUAUUGACAAGGGCAGUGAAAAAAAUAUAAAAAAAGUGAGAAAAAUCAACUGAGAAUUUUUCUAGAACGUUCUGAUUCCAAUAAAGAAAGGAUUGAGUCUCAUCUAUUAUUUUUAUUCAAAUUAUGAGGCUUCAAAAUUGGCUUAUCAUGAAAAAGAGGUUUUUGGGUUCUUUUAGGGUGUUAUGAUUAGACUAACUGGAAAUAGUCUCACUUAUUUUGGCUGAAAAAUCGAUUUUUUUCUGAAGUACGUCUCAUUAACGAUUUUUUUCGAAUUUUAUAAUUCUAAAUUUUUCAAGCACUUUCAAAGCUUCUAAUUCCGCAAUCUUCUGCCGUGAUAAAAUUCAUUCCGCGAUAUUCAAUUAUCUCUGACUCAAACUUCAAUUGUCUUUUGCACUCUCCAACGGAUAUUUCAAAUUUCACAAAGUUCAAUUUUGAACCGCAAAUCCUACCCCUUUUCUUCCAAAAAAUGAUACAGUCGACCUGCCCCCGACCUUCGCCGACUUUGGCUUCCGCGUCUUGAUCCACGAAGCAGGCAAAAGUCCGCCGCUUCUCAACAGGGCCCUGGCCGUACCUCCGAACUCUGUCCUUCACGCUUCCAUACAAACCAGGAAUGUCAGGUGUUUUUUUCCAUUUUUUGAAAGAAAUUGGAAAAUUUUCAGAUUUCUCUACUGGAAAAGGGCAACUGGGGGAUGUGUCAGAGGUAUUGGGAUGAGGGAAUUCACGGAAAACGGUUGAUACAUCUGAAUGUGCGUAUACUGGACUUCAAUAUGGUUAAAUAAGUGAAAAAACCAGAAAAAUCGAAAAACCGGCUUUCAAAUCUCAACGCAACUUGUUUUUUUCCUCCGAAAAAAAUCAUGAAUUUUUAACUCGAUUGUCAACCUAACUUCAUUGGCAAGUUCAUGAAGCCAUUUUUCAGUUAAAAUUUUUCGUUAUUCCCAUUUUUCAUCUGAAAUUUUUGGUCCUAAUAAUCUCAAAAAUCCUUCCCAAUAAAUAUAUUUUUCCAAUAAAUUUUCAAGUAAACUGGUUUGAACUUUUUAAACCUCAAUUCAAAAAGUUUAAUACUAACCUAUCAUACUCUUUCCAGUUUUUAAAAUGGAAGUUUAAACAAAACUGGCUAUUUUUUUCGGAGGAAUGGUUGCUCCAUUGAUAAAUUGAAAAAAACUUAACGUUCCAGUGUGAUUUUUUUGAAGUUAUUGGAUUUUGUCAGUGGAGCAGACUUGUUUCAAAAAUAUUUUUCGACGGGUUUUUGGAAAAAUUUCGGGGUCCAUCACUUUUUUUCUCAUUUUUCUAAUUUUUUUCCACUGAAAUUUAAGUAUCACUUUUUCAUUAUCCGUGCAAUCCAAUAAAUCAAAAACAUUUAUUUUAUUUUAUAAGUUUUUGAAGAAUAAUUUUUUGAGAUCGAUUACUUUUCCUACUCAACUUCCCCAAAAAUCAGUACUUUCCAACAUUUGUUUCUCUAAAAUCCUAUUUUUUCAGUACACCAGCCAUCACUGCGAGCAAAACUGUCAACUGCAACGAGCCUUGGAAUCUUGCCAAUGCUACCCACUCCAAUUGAUCCCAAACUUGGCGUUUCCCCUAGCGUCGGAGCGAAUUUGCACCCCGGUGCAGUACAAAAAUUGCAGCGCCAAGUUGGAAGGUUUUUCGAUUUCUACUCGGACCGGGGCAUUUCUAGUGACCACUUUAGUAGCGUCAGGACUCUUAAGUGAUCCCUGGAAUCGCUCAGAUGUCUGGUUUUCGUAUUUGAGGUCCGAAUUGAAAAAGAGAAGCUUAGAAUAUGAGCAAACGAGCUGCGGAUGUGAUACGGAAUGCGAUUUGUUGGAGUUUGACGUCACGACCAGUUAUUCGGAUAUGGCGAGAUUUGCCGCCACCAAAUUCAAGCUCUCCAUGGAUUAUGUCAGGUAUCCUUUGAGAUAUGGGAAAAGAUCAAGGAGGCCUCAAUAUUGAUGUAGAGUUUUCUUAGUAUAAAAAUUGAGCUGCUGGCAGUGGAAGCUAAAAAUAUUCACCAGAAUACUAUCUAGAGAGCCUCAACUUGCGAAAAUUUUUUUAAUAAAGGAUGCCUCAACGCCCAAAAAAAGCCAAAGCCAGCCGCUGAAAAACUAAAAAUCUCUUUUUUUUUCAAAAAAUCAGGAAGCUCUGCAGGUUAAGGUUGUCUUCAACAUCAAAGCGCAUUAAAAAAACUUACUUUUGAUAAAAAUAUUCAACUUCAAUUUUGUGCAGUUCGUAGGUCUAUAUGGCGGAAAACCAACGCAAAAAUUCCAUCCAAGCUCUGUUUUUAAUUAUUCGGAUGUGUUCCAAAAUCCUUUUUACGUUUUCAAAAAAUCCAAGAAUUUUGUGACCCUAGAACACUCUUAAAGCGCCAGAAAGCUCUUUAGAGGCCAUGAUGGAAAAAAAUAAGAUCUUCCUAAGAAAAAAAUACUUAUUUUCGUUUUUCCACAAAAAAACGGCUUUGUAAAGAUCAAUAGAAAAAAAUGGAAAAACAGAAAAAUUUUUUUGUGGCAAUCUGUCGAAAAAAAUUACGAGAACUCUCAAAAAAGAUUUUGUAAAGGUCAGGGAAAAAAUAUCAGAAAAAAAUAAUAAUUUUUCUAGAAAGAAUGUCGCGAUGGCAAGUGUGUUCAUGCAAACGGUGGCGUAUGAUCGUCACGAACAGCAGAAACAACUGCAGACAGCAGACCUGCUUUCGAACAUCGCCGGCAGCAUGGGCCUCUUCUUGGGAAUGAGCACGGUUAUUUUUUUUCUGACUUUUGAGGAUCAUCUUGAAAAGACCAUGAAAAAAAAACUGGCCAGAUAUAGUCCGUUUUCUUGAAAAGGCAGGACUUUUCUGCGCCCUUCUUAUCUCUCGAUGUCUCUCUCAUUUUCAAGUGCUUUUUCCAUGUUUCUCUGACCUCGCCGGUGAGGGACCACAGAGACGCAGACACGCGAAAAAGCGGCGGAUGAACUAUAACUCUUUGAAGGUCUCAGGAUGCAGAACCGCCUAGUUUUUGAGGAAUAAGAGGCCAAAGCUUCAAAAUAGUCUUUUUUACCGGUUUUUCCUGGUUUUCUUUAUUUUCGAGGUCUCUUUUCUCAAGAACUAAGAGCAGGUUGAAACUAUGUUCGGGCCAAUUUUUGGAAAAAACCCAAAUCAUUAAGUGAAAUGAGCUUCCUAGUUAGAAAAUUGAGAAAUUUGCAAGAAAAAAAUUGCAGCGUCAGCCCAUAAAUAAGAGUUUUUAAAGGCGCAUACUCUAUUACUUAAGAGAGGUCUUGACGGGAAAAUCAUAAUUAUUGCUCUAGGAAGCUUCUUUCGGUCUCAAAAAGCUGUUAUGAUUGAACUAUUCAUGAUGAAGUUUGAACAAAAUCGAAAAAUGUCAAAAAUUUGAUAAAUUUGAUCUCCUUUUCCAACACAAAAUGUUUCUUUCCUGACUUUGAAAAUUUUCGAAAUUUGCUCUUCGAAGCCAAAAUCCCUGAUUCAGUUUGGCGAUAUCUGGAGAGCAAUAACAAUAUAUUUUUUGUUCUAGCAUCCGAAUGCUGUUAAAUUUCCAGGUAACUCUUCUGGAGAUCUUCAUCUACCUGUUCAAAUCAGUGUGGGGUACGGUGAAUUCGACACGCCAACGUCAGUUCAUGGAAGCUGUUGCUGAGGUUUUUAUAUUCAAAAAUUGGAUCAUUAUUAUAAAAUAAAUGUUUUUCAGGAAGAGCGAGAACGUCAACAGAGCAUAGUGAUUGUCAGAGACGACGAGGAAGCGGAAGAGGUUUUUGAAAAAUCGGCUGUACCUUUUUUUAAAAAAAUGUACUUAGGAGAAAAAAAUACAUAAAUCACCAAGAAAAGAUCCAAAAAUUAACUAAAAAUAGUCCCAAAAAAACCAGAAACGGCCCUAUUAAGAGAAAUAUUUAUGACGUUUUCAUUGGACAAAAAAAUCUUGUUCCGAAAAAUUAGUACAGGUAAAAAAUUUUGGUAAAGAAGGAUGAAAACCGAAAAAUCGAAAAAAUCAGGAGAAGAAAGUUGAACUAAAGAAAGCAGAGCUGCUGUCGGGGCGGCCCGCUGUUCGGAGCAGUCGCCCUGGGGUGCCCUGCCCCGCUGAGGAGAUAAGUUCAAAUGAAGUACAAGGGAAAGAAUCCGCAGAGAAACAGCUAAUAAAAAAUCUAUUGGUGGAAGAGAAUGAAAAAUAAAUUUAUAUCAUUGAGUAACUGUGGAGAAAUCUUCUAACAGUGUGACGGAUUCGGGGCAGGGGGCAGCUCUGAAAGAAAGUACACGCAAAAUUCAAAAAAAUGUAGUCUCAGAGUAAAAAAAUCCUUUGAAAAAAACAGCUGUCACUAUUUUUCAGGCUGUAGAAAUCCCGAAAAUUUGUCCAAAAAGCUCUUUUCAAACAAAUUUUCUAAAUGUCUCAAACUCGAAAAAUUAUGAAUUUUUUCCAAAGCUCGAGCUUGUGCGCUCCACUGAGAAUCGAAAAUUCCUGUAGCAUUUUCAAGAUAUUUUUUAUGCUCAGCUGGUUCUAGCGGCUACAUUUCUUGUCCUGACCUCCAUAAACUUACAAACUUUUUUUCCAAAGCUUUCUUGCUUCAUUGAAAAUAUGGAAAUCAUGUCUCAGGCAUUGGUAUCGCUCGGACGCUUCUGGCCGAUUCUAGGGAUCACUUAAGAAUGCUGAGGCUACUAAAGUGGUCACUAGAAAUGCCCUGUAAUUUAAUUCCUGUUUUUUUGUAUUAGGUUCUUCAAAGCUGAUUUUGGCUGCUGAUUUUUUUGUCCUUAUUGAUUUUUGAAGCUUGAGCAUGUGAGCUCCGUUGAGAUUAUGGUCUACUCAACAAUUUUCAGGGAAUUCCCGACAGGCCAACCGGCAAGAAGCAUUCCUCAUCGAUUCACAUCCAUUUGGAUCGCAGGAAUAGUCACAUGGUUAAUUAGGCCUAAUUAAUUAGGUUCUAUAAUUGAAAAUAUUAAGGCUCUCGGAAAUGAAUUAUACGGUGGUCAACGAGGAUCGCUUGGCAUGGCCACGCCUUUGCUUUCGCCUCUUUCCCAUCAUAGGUAAACGAAAAAUUAAUACUCGGAAUCCUCAGAAAAGAAUAGAUUCAAGUUCAUAAAUUCAAAAAUGAAAGAAAAAUUAAUUGAAAGUACAUUUUUGAGAAAGUUCUGAAAAAGCUGAACCUCCAAGUCAAAAUUAAAAAAUCCUUUUUCACCUUCAUUGACAAAGUCAGGAGUAACGGGUGCAAAAUGGCAGCUAAAAUGGUUCCGUUUUGCGGCCUUUAUUGAGCCUUUUUUUUUGUGGGCUAAAAAGCCUCAGGGGAAAAAGGAGAGGCCAUUGAUCAUUUUAUUACUGUAGCACAUUUUGGUUCAUACACAGUCACUGGUAAAGAUUUUUCUCAAUUCAAAAAAUUCUGUGUUUCUCAAAAGGGUUCAAAAAGGGUGGAUGAAGGCCGAUGAAAGGACGGAAAGGCAGUAAAAAGGAAACCGUUGCCAUUCGUUUAGAAGAAAUUAAUAAACCUUUUGAUCCAAAACGGACCCUCAAAGGACCCUUCCGACUUUGCCCAAGCUUUAGGAAGAUAAAUCGUACCCGACUUCUUUAAGAGAAAAGGAGAAGAGAAGCAAUAAAAAUGAUAUUCCGCUAGGAACUAGGGUAAUUUCUUUUUCAACUGAUUCUCAGAACGUUUUUGAACGUAUCGACAUCCAGAAAAUAUUAGCAGAUAAUCGCGAAAAAAAUCAAAAAACAGUACAUAUGUAUUCACAACAACGUAUUCAUUCCUGGUAACGGCUUAUACUUUUUUUCUCGAAUAGUCGAUCCUUCUCGAAUUGAAAGGCGAGAUGGGUAUGUUAGCAAAGGGCGACGCGUUGCGUACGCGUCGCGGCUUUUGGCGGGAAACUUGGAUUUGAACGCGAGCCAUGAUUUUUCAUUUUUUUCGACAGUUUUUUUCAAUAAUUUUUUUGAUUCUUUAUGAUUUUGAUAAAGUGUAAUUAAGCGAAUAAAAAGUAUAAAAUGAUAUAAAAAAACUCACUUUUUUUCGAUUUUUUUACAUAAUUGCAUUUUAACCGCGAGCUCCCUCGCCAAAAAGCCGCGUCGCGCACGCAACGCGUCCCCCUCACGUCUUUCAAGUGAGAAAAGUUUAACUAUACUCUCACAGUUGAUUAUAAGGUGUCAGAGAAAGCAAAAAUACACAGAAAAAUUAAGUUAUUCAUAAUAUAUUUCGCGUCAAGACCUUCAUGCAAAUUUCUAGCUUAGUUUUUUUCUUAAAGAUUAUCCCUGUAGAUUUUCAAUAAAUCAGGAGUUUUUUGGGAAGUAUAUCAAUUUAUUCUCUCUGUAGUAGUCGUGGGAAGGUUUGAAAUAGCCCAUAACGAAAUUAUACCAGUUUUGGCAAAGUUUUUAAUUUUUGGGGCAUAAAACCUCAAUGCUUCAAGAAACCUCAAAAAGAACUUUUCCAACAAGCUAUGAGUCGCGGGAUUUUUAAAGGAACAUCAGUAGCUGUUUAUACGAAUAUCAGAACGAAACGAUUUUUUCAAUCCUGAAUUUUAUCAUUUUCUGCGCCUUUAGUGCCUUCUCUGUGAUUCUGAGCCAUCUAGAAGUCACUUAAGGGACUUUAUUAGUUAUAAAAACGUUCAGGACUGUUCCUAAACCACUCAACAUAGAGGACGAAAGCUCUUCUCAAUUCUACUUUUAGCCAUUUUCUGAGCCAUCAAUGCCUCCUAUGCGGUUCUUAACCCUUCAGGGAUCACUUAAGGGGUCUUAACAGUUAAGAACACGAUCAGGACUGUACUAAAACUACUGGAAAAAAAGCUUUUUUCAAUUUACUCAGCUUUUGGCUAAUUCCUGGGCACUCAAUGACUUUUUUGUGGUUCUGAGCCAUCUAGAGGUCACUUAAGGGGUCUUGGCAGUUAGGAACAGACUCACUACUGGCCUCAUACCAAAACUAUACCUAAACUACUCAAAAUAGAGAGACGGAAGCUUUUUUUAAUUCUACUUUUGGCCAUUUUCUGAGCCCUCAGUGUGUCCUCUAAGAUCCUGAACUCUCAGGGAUCACUUAAGGGACCUUAUUAAUUAUGAACACGCUCAGGAGUGUACCAAAACUACGAAAUCCAAAUUCUCUACUCAUUCAGAAAAUCGAUGGGUCAAAUCCUACGCCGGAGCUCCCAAGCAGCGCUGGAAGGUCCGAGCGGCGACAUUUUGCCGCCAACCGCUUUGAGAAGGAAAAGCACGGUAGCACCGCCGACGUUCAGAAAGUAUAGCCCCAUUACGAAAAUCGUCCGCACUUUACAAAUCGAUUUAGAACAUCGAUGACUCACCGGGCGAGCGUCGUUGAGGAAAAUAUGACUCUUCUGUCGGUGCCACGUCACGCCGCAAGAAGGAAGUCUUCGGCGGCCUUCCGAGACAAUUUGAUUUGA